AUGAAAGAAUACUGUUUAAGUAAAAGACAAGCUUUGUCUUCAAAGGGGUGGUUCUUGGCUUGGCUGAUGGAGAUUGCAAGCAUCGGAAGCUUAGAAGAAUUGGGAAUGGAUGAGACUGGUUUUCUACACCAUUGGCCUGUAAAUUCACUAGACGAUCUCAGCACUCUGUCUAUUUCUGCUGCAUUUGGCGAAGGAAUGGUGAAGCCGAAAGAGGAGACAUGGCCUUCUUCUAGCACUGUAAAUUUCCCCAAUGAUUCCGUUGUUUCUCAAGCUCCGUGUGGGACUGAAAAUCACGAGGUAAAGGCUUGUCCGGGGAAUAAGAGAAUUAGCACAAAUGAUAGACUUUCUCAUGGACAGGAUCAUAUUAUAGCUGAGAGAAAGAGAAGAGAAACAAUCAGCCUGAGAUUCAUAGCUUUGUCCGCCCUAGUCCCUGGAUUGAAAAAGAUGGACAAGGCAUCGAUUCUUGGUGACGCUAUUAAGUACAUGAAAGAACUUCAAGAUCGAGUGAGGACUCUUGAGGAACAAUCAAUGAAGAAGAAAUCCAUGGAAUCUGUGGUUUUUGUCAAGAAAUAUGAGAUUUAUACUAAUAAUGAAAAAUCUCCCUCGAAUGAGAACUUCAUUGAUGAGCCACUUCCAGAAAUUGAAGCAAGAUUUUCUGAGAAAGAUGUCCUUAUAAGAAUCCAUUGUGAGAAAAGGAAAGGAAUUUUUGAAAAAACAGUUACUGAAAUUGAGAAGCUCCAUCUAUCAGUUGUUAAUAGCAGCGCCAUGACUUUUGGAGAUUCUGUCCUCGACAUUACUAUAAUUGCAAAGAUGGAAGAAGUAUACAAUAUGUCGGGGAAGGAUUUUGUGAAGAAUUUACGCUCAGCGCUCAAAAUAUUCAUCUGA